AUGCGAGCAGCUGUUCCACUAGACUGGCAGGCCCUUGGCAUGCCUGCACCGAAGCUCCGCGACGGGACAGCGCUCGUGGCCGCCGACGCGCCGGAGACCAGGGCGGGAGGCUGGCUGAGCGGUUUUGGCCUGCAGCAGACAGCGGCGACGCUGAACGCCUUGGGUCUGGACUCCUCCACGUCGACACCCAAGCACCUUCUGGCUCUCACUCCGCUAGGGCGCGUGCUCUCGCGACUGCCGUUGGAUGUUGGCAUUGGGAAGAUGCUGCUUUUGUCCCUGGUCUUCCAGGUGCAGAGCAGUGCAGUCGUUUUGGCCUCCGCCGUGGGUCUGCACUCCCCCAGACUGCAGAAGCAUGGAGAGAGAGGAGGUGGUCGGUGCAAGUUUGACCACAAGAGGGGCGACCUUUUCACCACGCUCCGCGUCUAUCAGACUUGGCUCCACGAGCGCUCCCGACGCGAGGGCGGCAGCGAUUCGCGCUCCAGGAAGUGGUGCCGCGAGCAUGGCCUUGACGAGCGGCUUCUCUUCGAGCUGAACAAGAUGAAUGUCCAGCUCACGGAGAUUCUUCGUGAUGGCGUCGGACGAGUGGAAGGUGGGGGCCGAAAGCUGGGGUCUCUUCUACGGAAGAAGCGGAUCAGCGCGCUCGAGGAGCGCAUGGUCCAAGACUCCCAGGGCACAAAGCUGCCCGCCGCAGAUCGCGAAGCUCUGAAAGCCGAGCUCGAGGAGCUGAAGAUGAAGGAGAGCACUCGAGAGCAGCGGCGCCUCACCUUCGAAGAUGGAGAAGGCGUCCUGGCAGAAGACGAGCGGGGCCUCGGCUAUGCCAUGAACGAUCGCGACUUCUUUGGCAGCGACGACGACGUGGCCAACGCCAGUGGAGGCGAGGGCAACUUCAAUCGCGAGCUGAAUCGCCGGCCCCGCAAGCGGCAGAAGACUGGAAAGUCCCAGGGCUCGAAGGUGCGCCUGCCCCAGAACGACAGCCUCGCCGAGAAGAUGCGUCGUAGGAACAUCGAGUUCGAGCUCAGGUACGGCAGCCACCGGCACACCACGAAGGCGCUCGAGUCGCUAAGCCGAGAGCAGGAGGAGCUCCUACAGCUGGUGGUCGCGUGCGCGCUCUACCCGAAUAUAGCACUGCCUGGGGAGAACAACAGCGAGAGGUGUGCGGCCGAGUGCGUCUUCCACACGCAGCAGGUGCCCUUUGUCAACCUGCACCCCAGCAGCGUGAUUUACCCUCAGCUGCCCACGGCGCUGUCGAGGGAGGAGGGCUUGGCCUUCGGCAGCAUCCUCCAGACACACAUGCCCUUCCUGACGCACGUGACACGCUGCCCCGUCGUCCCUGUUGUGCUGCUGUGCGCCGUUCGUGUAGAUAUGGCGGAGGACUGCCGUAUGUUGAUUUGCGACCAGUGGCUUCAACUGACCUUCGUGGACACGGAAGAGCUGCUCUGCUUGAUCGAGGAUGCUCUGCUGUUGAGGUUUUCCAUCCAGAGCGCCUUGGACAGGGAGGUCCUCGAGCUCUUCGAGGUCGAUUGCGACGACGACGUGCCUUGCGAUGCCGGGGAUGCACAGGCCGACCUAGAGUCGCAGACCCGGCGGGCGCCGCCCAGACUCAGGCGUGCAGUGCAAGGACUACCGGGCAAGCAACUCAAAGGCUAUGACCUAACUCGCCGUGCUCUGACCUUCUGGCAUCGGAAAGCGGAAUUCAGCUGGCAGACCCUCAUGCCAAAUGAGUAUGCGGCCUUCAGAGGUUCCAACACCGCGGACGCGCCGCUGGCAGCGGGCGCUGGAAGUUGGCUUCACUUUGGGAGCAUCUCAGAGGAGAGCGUGAAACCUGAAAGCUCCUUGGUGUCGGACCACUUGACUGUGGCCUACAACUGUCCCACCUGCCACCGAAGCUUCCGCCUCAACCGCCACGGCAUCGCUGAGCACCGCCGAGAAUGCCAGGGGUCAGCGGAGGCUCCAUCGGAGCGCGGAUGGCUCUGCGAGACCUGUGGGGAGAGGCUUCCGGCGAGUGCCUCGGCUUUGGAUAUUCUUCGCCAUCGAAGAAGUCAUGGACUGUAA